CAGAUCGGUUUUACAUUUCUCAAUGUUGUGACGCCUCGCACUUCCGGUUUACAUAGCAUUAAUUUUGUGGGAGGGUAGAGUUUUUCUUUGAAUACUACGUUCAUACACAUAAAGGUGUUAUUUCAAGGGCGCUAAAUGUGAGGUGGGUCAUCACCAAAUCAAAAGAUCCAUAUAUCCGGCAAAACAUGGCCAUUUUUAGCGUGUAUGUCAUCAACAAAGCCGGGAGUCUGAUUUAUCAUUACGACCACACUUCAAACCGCCCUGAGGUUGAGAAGACAUUCAGUUUUCCUCUAGAACUGAAACUCAAAAUAUUUGACGAACGAGUUGUUGUGGCUUUUGGAGAACGUGAUGGUAUCAAAGUUGGACACACGGUGCUGUCUGUCAACGGAAUUCCAGCGGAGGGACGUUGCUUAAAAGAUGGAAGAGACAUCAUUGAGGUAUUAAAUGACGAGAAGAAAUACCCCAUCAACAUUAAGUUUGGACGACCAAAGCUGACAUCAAAUCAGCGUAUAAUGCUCGCCAGUAUGUUUCAUUCCUUGUUCGCAUUCGGAACACAACUUUCCCCUGAACCAAGAUCCUCGGGAAUUGAAGUUUUAGAGACGGACACUUUUAAACUUCAUUGCCAUCAAACAAUGACUGGGAUCAAAUUUGUUGUGCUCACAGAUCCGAGGCAGACAGCAGUGGAAAUGCUGCUAAAGAAGCUGUAUGAGAUUUACGCUGACUUUGCUUUGAAGAAUCCAUUUUAUUCAUUGGACAUGCCUAUCAGAUGUGAACUGUUCGAUGACAAUCUUAAAGGUGCACUCGAACAAGCUGAGAGACUUGGAAUCAGUAACAUAUAAUUCAUUAUGGCACCAGAUAUUACUGAACAAUUGAUGUUUGAAAUAUGUUAUUUAUAAAUGACAUGUCUGUAUUAUAUUUGCACUGAAUAUACUGGCUCAGUGUUACAGAGUUGUAAACUUAAGAUACGGAAACAUUUGGUUAGUGUUGUAUAUUAAGUUUAUGAUAGAAAUGCUGAAUAUAUGUGACAUAUAUUUGAUCAAGUAAUAUUAAGUCACAUAUUGAUGCCCAGAUGAAAGGUAGACAGAUGACAUAAACAUCUAAUGUUAAAUUCCUACCAUUCUGUAGAGCUGGGGAGUAAUAUUUUGUUAUUUGUGAUUAUUUAAUGAAUAUUCCAGCUAUAUGUUGGCUGUCUGUAAAUAAAGAAAUCCGGACCAGACAAUCAAGUGAUUUACAAAACAAACAUUAAUCCAGGCCAUUUAGAUAGUGACAGUUAUAAACUGAGUCACCAAAGCUGACCACAUAAGUGAAAUUUCCAUUCAGGUUGAGUGGGUGCAUGUUGUUUUAGUUGGUAAAUAAAAUAAAACAUCCACUGUUUGGAUAGUUCAGUUAAUUCAAGGGGGUUGUCUCAUCAGGAAAGAUGAUGAUUAAGACAAUUUGUUAAUAAAGAGGUUUAACUAUUAAUACAAAAUUA